AGCAACAGCUUCAGCAGCAGCCGCGUUAGCAUCUACCACGUCCGCAACUGUCACGACACUUGCCACGACGCCAGCUCCCGCGUCGCUAUCUGCCACGUCCGCACUUGCUACUUCAGCAACUCGUCUGCGCUGACUCUACAGCAUCACCGGUGUCAUGGCAAGAGAGGAACGGGCCCCGUUCCUGGAGGACAUGACCUGCAACAGGGACCAUGUCGUGUGGACUUGGGUCACUCCUGGCCAGAUGCUGUCGGGCAAUGCUCGUGGGUCAAGAAGAUUGCGGUGCAAACUCUGCAACAAGGAGUACUCCGGGAAUCGGAAGCGUGCGUGGGAGCACUUCAUUUUGGCGAGGGCGUCUGCCAGGUGUCCACAUUCAAACCUGUCCAUUUGGAGGAGGCUGCAUGGCAUCGGUGUACAGCUGCCACCGGACCUGAAUGAGAGGGUGCAGCGCGUGUUGGAGAUCGACAAGAGCGACGAGGAGGUCACUCCUGUUGCGGGUGGAGGAGAAGGGGGCGAAGGCGGGAUUGCUGAGGAUCCCGGGGAGGCACCUGGUGGGGACACCAAGGAGGUUGACAUCGCUGAGGAUGAGGGGACGAGGGGUGUUGUGACAGGUGGCCUUGCUACUGCAGGGAGGACUGUGGUACAGGGGGCGCGCACACGUGGCCCGAUGAAGCAGAUGAGCAUCAGGAGGUUUGCGAAGAACCCAAGGCAGGAGGACAUAGAUGACUCCUGCUGCAAGUUCUUUGUGGAGAACGCAAUCCCAUUCAACGCCUCCAGAAGCAGGAGCUUCAAGAAGUUCAUGCUGACGUGUAUCGGGCCACAGCCUGUGGGGAGUCACCCUCUCGUGGCCACUGGGUACAACCCCCUCAGGUGUCGCCUGCUCGAUCGUUUGAACAAGAGGUCGGUGGAUGAGGAGCAGGCGGUCCGUGAUGACUGUGCGAGGAUGGGAGCGAGGGAGACAAGGACUCUGCAGGCUGCAGCUGUGGUUGCCGGGUGGAAGCGGUUCUUCAGAGAGUGGGGGGUGGAGAAGAUCACGACGAUAUGCACUGACUCUUUCGUUGGGAAUUUGAGUGCCGCGAGGAUGUUGAGGGAGGACCCCGAGUUCAGGCAGAUCUAUUGGAUCCCUUGCACAGCUCAUUGCAUGGACCUCCUCAUGCACGAUAUAGGCAAGGAGUGGGAGGAUGUCAUCAUCACCAAGGCCAACAAAGUGGUGAACUUGUUUCGGGUUCACAGGUGGCCUCAGCCGCAGUUGAGGACACAACUGUUGAAGUACCCCGACUUGGAUUGCACCUGCCUCCUUCGGCCUGCUCAGACCAAGUUCGGGACGAGCUAUGUGAUGCUGCAGCGACUUGAGGUGUGCGAGAGGGCCAUUGUGCGUGUCGUCACCGGACACGGCUGGGAGACCAUGCUGUGGCGAGGGGAUAUCAGGGCGAAAGCCGACUUCGUGGAGGAGACAGUUCUUGACAAAGCAUUCUGGGCUGAUGUCAAGAAGCUGACUGUCGUCAUGAAGGGGCCUUAUAAUGUGUUGCGAGAGGUGGACAAAGAUGUCCACUGCUGGACCGACAUGUUGCUCAGCCCCAUCCACGCCGUUGCUCGGCUGUUGGAUCCUAUGUUGAGGGACAUUACUGUUUUCAGUAAUGUCGACCUCAUGGCACAAUUCGAGAGCGUCGUGGAGCGGCUCAUCGGGGAGAAGGGGAGCUCGAGAUUUGACGACUACAUGGACCAGUUGUACGAGUUCCAGUUUGGGAGAGGAUUCUUCGGCACCCCGCAGGCAAAGAAACGAGCUGAGGAGGACAAUGCGGUGCUGUGGUGGGAGGCGCAUGGUGAAGGGCAUCCAGAGAUCUGGGAUCUGGCGCUGAAGGUGCUCUCCAUUUGGACGGCUUCCUCUCCAGCUGAGAGGAACUGGAGCACUUGGGCUUUAGUGCAGACGAAGUCCAGGAACAAGUUGCACCACCAGCGCACCGAGAAAUUGGUGGCCUCGCACUGGAGCUUGAGGCUCAAGAGUAGGGGGGAGGAUGGGCCCACUGUUGCAGGAGGGUGGUUGGGGCUCGCAGCCGACUGGGAGGACGAGGACUUGGGGGGUGGCAUGGCAAAUGUCACAGAGGAAGUUGACGACAUUGAGGCCGCURGUGAGGGUACUGCUUCCGCGGUUGGCAGCACCAGCAUUCGCUAGGAUCCCGCUGCGCCGUCCACUUCGAGA